AGCAAAUAUAAAACACUCAGUUCGAAGAGAGGCUCAGCAGAGAAUCCCCUCAGGAGUUCAAGCUUGAUUUUUAUCUAUGUGCCUCGUUCUCUACACAAAGGGCUGAAAACCGGAGCCUGUACUGCAUUCUUGCUUCAAGCAGAAUGAAAGCUCCCAAACUCCUCUCUCUGGGCUAUACCUUCGUGGCCCUGCUUUUUUUCCAGCAGGCCUGGGCUCAAUUCCCAAGACAGUGUGUCACCAUCGAGGCUUUGAGAAAUGGCGUGUGUUGCCCAGACCUGUUCCCACUGUCUGGGCCUGGGACUGACCGCUGCGGUUCCUCAUCAGGAAGAGGCAGGUGUGAGGUGGUGACAGCUGACUCCCGACCCCACGGCCCCCAGUACCCACACGAUGGCAGAGAUGACCGAGAGGGCUGGCCCACGCGCUUCUUCAACAGGACAUGCCACUGCAUUGGCAAUUUCUCAGGAUACAACUGUGGAACCUGCCGUCCUGGAUGGAGAGGAGCUGCCUGUGACCAGAGGGUUCUCAUAGUCAGGAGAAACCUACUGGACUUAAGUACAGAAGAAAAGAAGCGCUUUGUCCGGGCCCUGGAUAUGGCAAAGCACACCAUUCACCCUCAGUUUGUCAUUGCCACCAGGAGAUCAGAAGAAAUAUUGGGGCCAGAUGGCAACACACCACAAUUUGAGAACAUUUCCAUUUACAACUACUUUGUUUGGACGCACUACUACUCAGUCAAAAAGACUUUUCUCGGGGCAGGACAGGAAAGCUUUGGUGAAGUGGAUUUCUCUCAUGAGGGACCAGCGUUUCUCACGUGGCAUAGGUACCACCUGCUGCAGCUGGAGAGGGACAUGCAGGAAAUGUUGCAGGAUCCUUCUUUCUCCCUUCCUUACUGGAAUUUUGCCACCGGGAAGAACACCUGUGACAUUUGCACCGAUGACUUGAUGGGAUCAAGAAGCAACUUUGAUUCCAAUCUUAUAAGCCCGAACUCCAUCUUUUCUCAAUGGCGAGUGGUCUGCGAAUCCUUGGAAGAUUAUGAUACCCUGGGAACCCUUUGUAACAGCACUGAGGGUAGGCCAAUUAGGAGAAAUCCAGCUGGAAAUGUGGCUAGACCAAUGGUGCAACGUCUUCCUGAACCACAGGAUGUCACUCAGUGCUUGGAAGUUGGUUUAUUUGACACACCUCCUUUUUAUUCCACUUCUACAAACAGUUUCCGAAACACAGUGGAAGGUUACAGUGAUCCCACAGGAAGGUAUGACCCUACUGUGCGAAGCCUUCACAAUUUGGCUCAUCUAUUCCUGAAUGGAACCGGGGGGCAAACUCAUUUAUCUCCCAAUGAUCCUAUUUUUGUCCUCCUACAUACUUUCACUGAUGCAGUCUUUGAUGAAUGGCUGAGGAGAUAUAAUGCUGAUAUAUCCGUAUUUCCUUUGGAAAAUGCCCCUAUUGGACAUAACAGACAAUACAAUAUGGUACCAUUUUGGCCUCCAAUUACCAACAUAGAAAUGUUUGUUACUGCUCCAGACAACCUGGGAUACACUUAUGAAGUUCAAUGGUCAAGUCAGAAUUUUAGUAUUUCUGAGAUUGUUACCAUAGCGGUAGUGGCUGCUUUAUUACUGGUUGCAGUCAUUUUUGUGGGUGCUUCUUGUCUGAUUCGUGCCAGAAGAAACAUGGAUGAAGCAAAUCAGCCUCUUCUUACUGAUCAGUAUCAACAGUAUGUUGAAGAAUAUGAAAAAAUCCAGAAUCCUAAUCAGUCUGUGGUCUAAUUACAAGUGGUAUAUUCUCUUAUGCAUAAGUAUCACAAAACCAUAUGGUUGAAAAAUAAUAGGUUGAGUUACUAACUGUAUUUCCUUUCAUUCUGUUACUUCCGUCCUUGUGCAUGCAUAUGCUGGAAUUAAAAGCACCAGAUACUAUUUUCCAGAACUGGGGAAAGUCACAAUAUUUUCAAUGUUUUCUAUUUUUCAGUUCUAUUUAUAAUGGUAGGUUGCACCCAUUCUAUGGUAUUUAAGCAGAUAGUAUGAAGAUUUGGGGCAUGUUUUGAAGGUCAACUAUAUGACAAUAUAAAUAAGUUGUUAUACUUUGUUCAUAUUGUAAAGAAAAAUCAUGAUUGAUAGUAAACCCCUGAUUAAAAUACAUGAGUAGGACGCAAAUGAACUUAUUUAGGAAGCAGAAACAGACUCACAGACAUAGAAAACAAACUUUCAGUUACCAGCUGGGAAAGGGGGUCGGGGAGGUAUAAAGAAGGAGUUGUGAUUAGCAGAUACAAACUACUAUAUAUAAAAUAGAUAAACAACAAGGUCCUACUGUAUAGCACAGGGAACUAUAUUCAAUAUCCUAUAAUAAACCAUAUGGAAAAGAAUAUGUAUAUAUAUGUAUAACGGAACCACUUUGCUGUACACCAGAAACUAACACAACAUUGUAAAUCAACUACACUUCAAUAAAAAAUUAAAAAAAAAAAAAAGAGUAGGCAUUUCUACCAUGUCAAGAUGUAAACACAUUUCCAUUCAUUGACACUGGCCAACAGAUAUAAAGGAAGCUACAUUUGUAGUUUAAAUUAAUUAUGUGACAUUAUAAAUUGGAUCCCAAUUAACUUUUUCAAACUGAUCUUCCCCUUUGAGCAUCAGCCUGUAUUAUUUAGUUUAAGGUUCAAGGCCACAACAAAAUCACAAUCUCUGUCACACUUUGGAGAGGUAAAAGCUUUACUUUGUUUAAAAGACUGUUAAUAGUGCCUAUGCUUGCAACUGUGUUCUCCUACCUCUCAAUUCACUGAAAAAAGAACUACCCAUCCAUGCAUUUCACCUCCCACUUCCUCUUCUAGUUUCUUAGAGGUACACAAGGAAGGCAUAAAUGUAGAGAAUAUACGUCAUAGUGCUCUACAAAUAGCAUCAGUUCAUGGUGUUUAAUUCAAAUACCAUUUUCUUGUCAUUUA